UCACGGCGAGUCCGCGGUGUUACAGGUAAUCGAGCAGCGGACUCCCUCUACAGUUCUUGACUGCAAGAAUUCGUCGUGGCAUGGAGGGAAACUUGAAAGAGAAUGGAUGGUUUCUCUCAACUGAAGGCAUUGCUGAAUGCGAAAAAGCUUGCUCGAAGGAAAAGCCCACGACAACAGAUCUCGCUAAAGCUGCCGCUAACUUGGACUUAAGACAGUUUGGAUUGCAGCAAAUCCCUGAUGAACUCAGCAAAGGAAAACUAACCUCUAUUAAAGGCCCAAUUGUUCUUCAAAUCCAAAAGCUGCGUAAUAUAUCUGCUCCUAAAGCCAAUGAGGAGUCCAACCAUGCUCCGAGACUACUGAAGCUACAGUUGACUGACGGCCGGAUCAACUGCCAGGGGUUAGAGGCCGCAACAAUCCCAGAUCUGAGCCUUAGCACCCCUCCUGGUACCAAGAUAUGUCUGGUCGGUAGCGUGCCUGUACAGAACAGUGUCUUGAUGCUCGACAGCACCAACUUGAAGGUGCUGGGGGGUGAGGUUGAAAAGUUGGUAACAAAAUGGAAACUUCAGAAAACAUUAGCAAAGCACUCGAGAACCAUACCCAGUGGGGAGGAGGGGCCCCCACCAUUUGUGCCUUUCCGUCAGCUUCAGGGUGACUCACGGGGAAGACCGGGUGACCGGCAUAAAGUGAAUAGUGGCAUCUCAAAUGGUUAUGAGAAGCAUAGCAACCAUGAAAAUAAUGAGGGAAGAAAUCGGAAUGACAAUAGAGGAAAUCGGGCCUCACAGGACUCUGGAAACCGCAGGGAUCGAGGGCAGACCUACCACUCCAGAGAAGAUCGCAACGAUUACAGGGGGGAUAACUACAGAGGGAAUAAUCGCAAUGACAACAGAGAUACUAGAGUAAAUUAUAAUAGAAAUGAUUCCAAAGAUACAAGAAAUGAUUCCCGAGACUCAAGAAUGGCAACUCAAGAAAAGUCCUAUGGUAGACCUCAGUACGAUGGCCGGCCUAACAACAGAGAUAGCAAUGACAGAUGGAAACAAGGGCAAGACGAGAGGGGUCAAGAGGCUGGAAGGCGGGACCAGGGGGGCGAGGAUAGAGGCACAUACAGAAAACCUGACCAAGGGAGAGCUGACAGGACUGAAAGAGGCCCCCCAUAUGUGUCUAGCAGAGGGGGGGGAAGGGGUGGCACACGAGGUGGAAGGGGAGGAAGAAGGGACAGUGCAGGCCGAGGCCAAUCAGACUCCACUGAGCAAGAUGAGCAAGAUGAGUACCGCGCACGGCAGCCAUCGGACUGUGGAACACUCUGGGACUAUUUAGAAUCCAAAUUACCAGUUAAAUCAACGUCAAAACCUUUAUCACCUUCGCCAACCGCAACAACCGCCACAACAACAACAGCAACAAUGCAGCAGACAUUAAAGGGUGAGAGCCAAUCCCCUGAGCCUGACAGCGAAUCAAACAGCUCACCAACUCUUCCAAGACAGGGGAGCUCUGAUAGUGAGCCCCCACCACAACCAGCCAAGCAGGAAUCUAAUCGCAGGACAAAACAAGAGGGGACACCCUCUCCCCCAAGGGAGCAGCAAAAGGGACGGGACAGCGAAUGGGGGAGGGGGGACAGGGGAGAUUCAAGGGAAUCUACCAUACCACACCGAGGGCAGCAAGGGCCACGGCAGUACCAACAGAGGCAGCAAAACCCAGGUCAGGGGCGUAACCGGGGACAGAGAGGCAGGCAUGAGGAUGGAAGGAUGCACAACCAGAGCCUCCCCCCUCGGAUGCAGAAAAAACAACAGCAGUACCAGCAGCAUUACUACAAUAGAGAUUCCAGCUCCUCAACUGAUAAAGAAGUACAAAGAGACAAGAACAGCUCACCGUCAUCAGGAUCAGGUGGUGAGGGAAGAUCCAGUCAGUCUCCAAGUACCCCGUCAGUGGAGUCCCCAAAAAGUAAUGACAGCCCACAACCAGCAGGACAGCAGAAGUACCAAGGCAGAAAGGGGUACCAGCGACAUCCCCAGGACAGCCAGAGCCCAAGUAGCAGCCAGAAGCCAGCCGAACCUCAGCCUGUGCAGACCUAUGUGCCACCGCAACAGGGUCUACCCCAGCCAGUCUACCAAAUCGAUCAAACCCGCCAUUAUGAGAUGCAAGCUAUUCGAGAGCAGCCGGACAUGAACACCAUGGUACAGCAUGGGUACCACUACCAGCAUGCCACGCCCCCUGUCCCUGCACCACAACAGUAUCCCGUCUAUCAGCUGCAGCACCAAAUGACUGCACCACCCUCUCAACAGGCAAUGUCGGCAUCUCAGCAACAGCAAGUUCAUACUCAAAUGGCACCUAUUCGAUGGAAGAAAGGAGAUCAGUGCUUAGCAUUACGGCGUGAUGGCCAGUUCUACAGCGCUAAGAUUGAGGACAUCACCCCUGAUGGUACGCAGUGCAUGGUUUCCUUCCCAGACUUCCAAGGGGUCUGUGAGAUGGUGAUGGUUACAUCUCUCAGACCUUUUCCUAUCAUCGCCUGGACCGAUGCAGGAAAUGUGCCCCACUCCAUGCCAGCCACUUCUAUCACAGCAGUCCCAGUUUAUGCCCAACCUACCCCGGUUGCUAUGGUACCCCGACCUCAAGUCAUGGUUCCUGUCCAAGCCCAGCCUCACUUCAGUAUGGCACCACGGGUGGCAGCCCAACCCCCACACCCACCCCCAGGGGUGCAAUGGCAGCCUGCGCCAAUGAGCUACCCGGCUGAUAUGAGGGCCCAGGCUUACCAGCCCAUGGUACAUUACGACCCUAUGCCCCAGACCUCAAAUCCUGCUGCACGGCCUGCCUUCUACGCUGUCCCUCCAGGUGGCCCUGUCCAGUUUGUAAGAGGAGUCAAGGAGUUACAUGGACAAGAACUUUAUGACGGCUCGGACGGGAAUAAACCAGUGCCCACAUCUACCGUGUAUUACAGUAAACCAAAAAAGAUGGGUCCACAGAGACCUACGCAGAACUUCUACGUACCCCCGCGACAACACAAAUAUAAAGAACAGAAUAACUAGUUUACUAGAAAGCCAACCAUACCUAAGGUGAGACGUGGGCCCUAUAUAGAUAUGACCGAGAGGCAUAAACUACCACUGAUGUCGAUAUCACUGACACAGGAUAGUAUAUGCAUAGAGUAUGAGCGACCAACCCACGUGGGUAUGACCAAAAUAUUUUCUGACGGGGCUACGAUUCACCUUUUAUUUGGCUAGGACCCUGCAAAUGAGCUGUAAAAUUUAUCUUUAGCUUGACGAGAAACGCUUAAGCAGAUCAAGUGCAAAAUAAUUCCUCGCUUACAGCACACUUAUAAGUCUUUUCAUUUUAUUGUGCUACUUUGAUAUGAUUUAAGUGAAGAAAGCGCAAGUUAGAAAUAAGUUCCUUGAAAUGAAAAAUUAAGUCAAUUCUACCGCUAAAUGACCUUAUUCCUAUAUCAUGUAUGUAUAGGAAUGUCUCAUUACUUUCUUGACACAAACUAACAAUUAUUUAUUUGUUCUUUUUUAUAUUUUUUACAAUUUAAUGAUGUUCAUGCGUAUACGAUUUCUUAGACGAUCUAACAUACGCUCAACUAAUUUAACCAAAAAAAAAAGAAGAUAAUUAUCUAUUUUAUUUAUUUCACUUGGUAGUGUAGUGUAAAGCUUGCCCGCUGGCAUUGCAGACAACAAGCGACUAAGAAAUCACUUGACAUUUUGAGUGGCCAAUUUCUCGCAGAAAUAAACACCGAAGUGACUCCGGCCGUCACACCAGAGAGCGAGGAAAACAAUGAUAAAGUCGGUGCGCGCGAUUUUGCCACCCAAAAAGUCACGUGGUUUCUCCUUUUGUUUUGAACAGAAAGCCUCGUUUAACCUGACAAAACACGCCUAGAUCAAUUUCCCUUUUAAUUUACUGUCGAAUCCGUUGUAUCGCGACCCGCGUUUUCAAAACAUGAUUUGUUUUGGUCUUCUGCUCCGUCAGUAAAACCACUCUGAGCCGAUCAGAGUUUUGCUUUGUGCACUUCCUUGGCUAUCCUCUGGACGAAAACCAGACAGUGUAGCGACAGAAAGCCAUGCAACUGCACUAGGCGAGAGAUGGCAAGAAUCUGAUUGGUUUAGAAUAAUUUGACUGGCGGAACAGAAAAUCCUAAAAGACAAAAACUAAUCGAUGAUUUGAAAAUGCGGCGUCGCGAUACAGCGAAUUUGACAGUAAAGCCCUUAUGCUUUCGUCUUAGUUCCAGCCUGCAUGUGCCACCUUGGUUGCCUUUACUUGUGAUUGGUCGCCUUUGUCCACGUGACUAGCAAUACUUCACGUGACAACUUCGUCACGUCACCUGAUAUUUGUGACCUUGUGAGAGUUUUCGUGCCGUGAUUGGAUGAGAAUAUAUUCCAUUGACUUAGACAACCAAAAGGCUUCGACAAUUCCCGGGUGGCAACAGCAAGUGAUAUAAAAACAGAAAAUUUGAAAACCGUACAUUUUUUUCUAUGCAAUUUUUUUCAGGAGACGGUCUUGAAGAUUGAGCUCCAUACAAUUGGGAUACAAAAAAGCCUAACUUUAAAGAAGGCCGCUCAUCGAGUUUGAAAUCUUCCGACCAAAUGUUAUAAACAUAUGAAAUAUUGGCAUUUAACUAAUCAAAAUUCGUCGUUCAGUUUUUGUUAAUUUGUUAUGGAUUUGUUUCGUAAAAAAUCUAUUUCUUUCAACCUAGGUAAGCCGUUUUGAGUUUUUUUUCUUCGCAUUUUUUUAACUUCGCGCUCCGCCCCACGCCGAUCAUUUUAAAACAUAUAUUUGCAUAUAUCGUAUGUGCACUAGCCUGAUAGCCGGCUCUCCUGUGUGUUUUCGUUGUUCAGGAUCCCUGUGGCGCAAAAAAUAAAAGUCCAGUUUGAUUUACCUUUCUUCCGUUGUAUAUUUAUAAUUGAAUUGUAUCUAAUUGUAUCGCGAAGUGCUGUUAGCGCAUCAGGUGUAUUAAGCCUGGUAUCGUUAUAUGUUUGACACGCCCUAGUCAGCUUGUUGUUAUGUUCGCUAGCAUCAGACGCUAAAAUAUGUUUAGUAGUGUAUCUAGAUUUUUAUCCACUGGCUAAGGGUCGCUGUCGAACAAAUGUUUAGAAUAGUUAAAAUUACACCAAAAAUAUAUGGUAGAAUUAUUUACUAAGAUAUGUCAGUUUGAAUUUCAUAUUAAAAUCUCACUGUUACGCGCAACAAAGAAAACUAUUAAAAUAUUAACACCUA